AUGUUCAUUGGUAUUAGGCCAGCUAGGUUUACUAGAAGUAUGUGGUUUAUCUUUUGGCUUCUGCUAAUCCCUUUUAUACUAACUAAGACAGACUUUUAUCAGAGCACGGCUAAAAGAUACUUCACGCAUCAUUCAGGGACAUCUUCCUAUCAUUCGCAUUCUUCCAGUUAUGGGGGUGACUUUAGUGCUUUGAGUUACCAGGUUGCAGUUGCGUAUCAGCCCAAAGAUCGGAGUGAUUCGACAUAUGGGAAUGUUCAGGUAACGUCUCCUACGGGGGAAGAUAAUUACUUUGUGGCGGUCAAGUCGAUGAAUGAGGUAUAUGCUGGGGUUGCGGAUGGUGUUGGUGGGUGGGCUAAUCAUGGGUAUGAUUCUAGUGCAAUUUCCAGUGAGUUGUGCAGGACGAUGAAAGAAAUUUCUCUGAAGGCUGUGAAGGAUUUGGGCCCCAAACAGUUGUUAGACUUGGCCUACUUGAAGGUUAAGCAGGAUGGGAUCGUUAAGGUUGGAAGCACUACUGCAGUGGUUGCACAUUUAUCUCCGGAUGGCAAAUUGAAUGUUGCGAAUCUAGGUGACUCUUGGUGUGGAGUGUUUCGGGAGAGUAAGUUGAUGUUUGAAACUAAGUUCCAGACUCUUAAAUUUAAUACGCCUUAUCAACUCUCCAUUAUUCCGGAUGAGAUACUCAAGCAAGCUGCUAAAAAGGGGUCUUCGUUCAUACAGAACAAACCAAGUGAUGCGGAUGAGUACAGUUUUCAAUUGAUGAAGAAUGACGUCGUAGUUUUAGCGACUGAUGGCGUCACUGAUAAUAUCUGCACCGAAGAUAUGGAGUUAUUCUUAAAGGAUCAUGGGGAUUCAGAGGACUUACAAAAUACCACUCAAGAAUUUGUUUCUUUGGUUGAAAAAUUGAGUAAAGAUAAUAUGUUUCCAAGCGUAUUUUCUCAGGAACUUUCAAAAUUGUCUGGCAAACCAUACCUUGGUGGUAAGGAGGAUGAUAUCACAGUUGUUGUUGUGAAAGUGAACUGA